AACCCACUCUUGGAUGACGCAACGUUUGGAGUCAUCAUCAUCGCCCAGUACUGCGUCAUCAGCAGUUUCAUAAAUAUUAGCGGCAUCGUCACCAACACCAUCAACAUCGCCGUUUUCAUGAAGCUGGGCUCUUCCGAGGUUAUCAACAUCAGUCUCCUGGGCCUGUCAGUGGCCGACCUUGGCAGCCUCGUUGCUCUGCAGUUCUUAAACAUCUGCAUCAGCCCAUGGAUGCAGACGGCGGAUAUUCCCUUCGACUCUUUUGAGGUGGCGUAUUUGGUAGGGGGGUGGCCCAGGAUGUACACGGUUCGCGUCGUCGCUUGGAUAACGGCGUUCAUCAACUUGGAGAGGUGUCUGUGUAUCGCCCUGCCCCUGAAAGUCAGGUUUAUUCUAACCGCCAGGAGAGCUUUGUACGUCAUGGUUGUGAUCUUUGUCGUCAUUGCUGGCGCACUCUCUGCAAGUUUCAUAACGACAACCCUUGUGUGGAAAUUCAGCCCGGCAAGAAAUAAGACGAUUGUAGGGAUAGGCAUCACUGCUAACCGGAAAGAAGUCGACAGUAUAACAUUUGUCAUAAGUGACAUAUUCCUACCGAUUUCCGCAUAUGUGUUAGUGAUUAUAUGUACCGUGAUUCUAGCCACCAAGCUAAAUUUUUAUUGCAAAAUGGCGUCAUCAAAAUGCGUCCAAAAAUCGGAUCAGGUGACCGGGAAGGAGAUUAAAGUCGUAAAGCUCGUUAACGUCAUAUCCUGGCUUUUCAUCGCCUGCUAUUUCCCCAACGCCGCUCUCUUCUCCUGCAUGGCUUACGAGCCAGAGUUCAACAUUGACGGAAAAUACCGAAAUAUAUUCUUGGUCUGUUUCUCCUAUUGUUUCAUAGCCGAGUCCAUCAACUCGAGU